UUGGAACAGAAUAAAUAAAGCCACCGGGUCUCCCGCAAUUGACGCAGUUUUGCUUUCUCAAAUAUUCUGCAACAGCCCGCAUAACAAGUUUAUCUAUAACAUCUCCAACACCUAAAUUUUCUAUCUUAACAACAUGGCAGACAGUGGAAAUAUGCCACUCGUUAUCGAUGCUGGGACAUCGUAUAUCAAGGUCGGAUUUUCCGGCGAUGAUGCCCCUCGCGGUCUUUUCCCUUCUGUGGUCGGCCAUGGAUCCGAAAAUCCCGCAGUUGGCGACGAGGCCGUCUCACACCGCGACAAUCUCGAACUUACGCACCCGAUAGAGAACGGACACGUCACUAGCUGGAAUGAUAUGGAGAAAAUUCUGAAUUAUGCCUUUUACAAGGUCCUCCAGCAAGCACCGGAAGAGCAUCCCAUUCUCCUGGCCGAGUCCGUGUUCAACUCGAAGCAGAACCGCGAGAAAGCAGCCCAGAUGCUGUUUGAAAUCUUCAAUGCGCCGUCGAUCUACAUAAUUCCUGAUGCUGUGCUGUCUCUGUACCAGUCUGGACGCACGACUGGUGUGGUUAUCGAUAUCGGUAGCACCAGCACUCGCGUUGUCCCAAUCGUCGAGGGCAAAUGCGUCUCCAAUGCUGUAUCUCAUGUUGAUAUUGGUGGAGAACACGUAACAUCCUACCUACAGCAGCAGCUAGGCGGCACCUUCUCUGCUCGCGAUCAAUUUGAGCUCCGUGAGAUUCUGCAGAAUAUGAAAGCGCAGCUCUGCUUUGUCGCAGGUGACUUCGAUGAAAUUUCUACAUACGCCGACACCAGCAGUGAUAUCGACACUGAGUAUAAUCUCCCUGACGGAGAGACCAUCACACUCGGGGCGGACAGAUUCCGGGCUCCUGAGGUGCUCUUCCGGCCUGAUAUGCUUGGUUUGAAUUUUGCUGGUAUUCAUACAGCCGUCGUGAACUCCAUCGGCCAAUGUCCCGGAAAUGUUCAGGAGACGUUAUACAGCAACAUCGUUCUCUCUGGGGGCACUGCAUUGCUUCCUGGCAUGAGAGAGAGGCUUAGCAUUGAGCUGGCUGGUCUCGCGGGAAGGUCCGUGGAGGUGACUGCCCCUGCUAAUGCAUACACAGCUUGGCUGGGAGGUACCAUUGUGGCAUCAUCAUCUAGCUUCGAAGGCCUGUGGUUGUCCAAGGACGGAUAUGAUGAAUCGGGUCCUGCUAUUGUGAACACGAAGUGGGCUUAAAGUAUACCCUGUCACUGAUAUAAGGCUUGUGUUAGUAUAGCCGACUGUACAUAGUGCAAAGCGAGUCUGAUAACUAGCUGAGCAUAUAUAGCGUUGAAUCUAAUGCUCUUCAAU